GGGCCAGGGGCGGAGAUUGCCGGAGGUCGCGCGCAGGGAGCAGGCGCGGCUGCUCGGCCAUGGCCGAAAACCUGUGCCGAGCCCGGGCCCGGGUCUACCCUCCGUCCGUACUGUUCCUGCACCCGGACCUGGGCGUGGGCGGUGCCGAGCGGCUAGUGCUGGACGCGGCGCUGGCGCUGCAGGAGUACGGCUGUGACGUGAAGAUAUGGACCGCGCACUACAACCCGAACCACUGCUUCCUGGAGACCCGCGAGCUCCCGGUGCACUGCGCCGGGGACUGGCUGCCCCGCAGCCUGGGCUGGGGCGGCCGCGGCGCCGCCAUCUGCGCCUACGUGCGCAUGGUCUUUUUGGCGCUCUACGUGCUGUUUCUCUCUGGCGAGGAGUUUGACGUGGUCGUGUGCGACCAGGUGUCUGCCUGUAUACCUGUCUUCAAACUGGCCAGACGGCGUAAGAAGGUCCUGUUUUACUGUCACUUCCCAGAUCUACUGCUUACCAAGAGAAAUUCUGCUCUGAAGCGGUUCUACAGGGCCCCCAUUGACUGGAUCGAGGAAUACACCACAGGCAUGGCAGAUCGCAUCUUGGUUAACAGCCAGUACACAGCUUCCGUCUUUAAGGAAACCUUCAAGACCCUGUCUCAUGUAAACCCCGAUGUCCUCUACCCGUCCCUGAACAUCGGCAGCUUUGACUUGGCUGUUCCUGAGAAGAUAGAUGACCUAGUCCCCAAGGGGAAACAGUUCCUGUUCCUCUCAAUCAACCGAUUUGAAAGGAAGAAGAAUCUACCUUUGGCACUGAGCGCCCUAGUCCAGCUUCGUGGACGGUUGACAUCUCAAGACUGGGAGAGGGUUCAUCUGUUCAUGGGUGGUGGUUACGACGAUAGGAUCCUGGAAAAUGUGGAGCACUAUAAGGAGUUAAAGAAAAUAGUCCAGCAGUCAGACCUUGAGCACCACGUGACCUUCCUGCCAUCCUUCUCAGACAGACAGAAGAUCUCGCUCCUCCACGGCUGUUUGUGUGUGCUUUACACCCCAAGCAAUGAGCACUUUGGCAUCGUCCCUCUGGAGGCCAUGUACAUGCAAUGCCCCGUCAUUGCCGUCAACUCGGGGGGGCCCUUGGAGUCUGUGGUCCACAAGGUCACGGGGUUUCUCUGUGAGCCUGACCCAGUGCACUUCUCAGAGGCAAUGGAACAGUUCAUCCACAAGCCGUCCUUGAAAGCCACCAUGGGCCUGGCUGGAAGAGCCAGGGUGGCCGAGAAGUUCUCUGCUGAAGUGUUUGCGGAGCAGCUCUUCCAGUACGUCACCAAACUCGUGUAGCCGGGGCACCGCUAGAGCUCAGGGCCAGUACGUGGCUUGCGCUGCAAUCCUUACGGGUUGUGAAAGCACCUCUGAAACCAAAAAGAAGGAGCUAGAAACUAGUGCUAGUAAGAUCUUUU